GCGGCGGCUGCGGCUCAGUCCCAGCUGCGGCAGGAGCGGAGCGGAGCCGGGACGUGGCCGGAGCUCAUGGCCUGGCCGAAGCGACGUUACGUGAGAAUUCCUUCUGUGAGCUGGCAGACCAGUACAGAACGGGGCCUGACCCAGCCCUACGACCCGCUCCCAUCUGCUCACUUCCACGCAGCAUCCAGCCCUGAGAGCUGCCCAGAACAGUGCAGUGACUGAGACCAGGCCUGCCUGCCUGCGUUUGGAGUGAAGGGAGGCAAGCAUGUCUGAAGAGAACCUCCUGAGCAUGGAUGAGGGAGCCCUCCGGAAACUGCUGGAGGCCACGCUGGACCUUGCUGAGCGGCGCCAGAUCCGCUCGGCCAUCCGGGAGCUGCGGCGCCAGGAGCUGGAGCGGGACGAGGAGGCUCUGGCGUCCAAGCGCUUCCGCUCGGAGCGCGGCAGCCACCGGCAGGAGAACAAGGAGAACUGGCUGCGGUCUCAGCGGCUGGAGGAGGAGCAGCAGAAAUCCCUGGCACUGCUCUCUGGGAAGCUCGACUCCAUCACGGACGUGGAGGAGCUGACGGCUCUGCUGCGAGGAGCCGGCGAGUACGAGGAGCGCAAGCUGAUCCGGGCCGCCAUCCGCAAGCUGCGGGCCAAGGAGAUUGAGGCUGCAGCCUCGGCAGGGAGAACCCACGGCAGCCGGAAAGGGGAAAAUGAGCCCCUGGCCUCCAAGGAGAAGGAGAGCCCGGACGGGGGCAGCUCUGUGACACAGCCAGAGGACCUGGAGGAGCGGGAGCAGAUCCGGGCUAAGAUCCGGGAGCUACGCAGUGAACAGAGGAGAGAGCCUCAGAAACCGGAUGCCCAGGACCCGGCCUCAGGGACCCUGCUGCUCCUGGACCCGCUGCCUCCCCCGCACUGCUCCUCGUCCUCGGAGCUGGAGCCACAGCAGAGAGCCGAUCCCCCGGAGCGCAGCUCCCAGAGCCCUGAGCCCAGCCCAGGGGCAGAGCAGCCCUGCGCGAGCCUGACCAGCCCUUGCGCACAGGAGGGGGACGGCGAGGGGUUCGGCCAGCCAGAGGCAGGGGGCAGUGGGGAGCCCAGCCAGGGGGAGCCAGAGCAGCAAGAGGCACCUGCAACCACGGGCGACAGCUGCCCAGCGGAGGAGACCUGCCGGAGGCUGCCCAGCAACAGGAGCCAGAGCAGCCAGGUCAGCUCCUGUGUCAAAAGCCAAGCGCCCGAGAAGCCAGCCAGCACUGCCAACAAGACGCGAGCUGCGCCCACCCAUGAUGUGCCAGGAACCCCUGCCCCCCAGGAUCUCUCCCGCCACACCCACAUGCCAUCUGCGCCAUUUUCCCCGCUCCUGGCCCACAGCACAGAGCCCGCACGGGAGCAGCCCUUCCAGAGAGCCAACUCGGUGCGGGAGCGCGUCCGCAAGUUCACCUCAGAUUCCCUGGCCCAGCCUGGUCCCAGGUCCUGCAGCCAGAAGUGGGAAACCCCUGGCAAAGGCUCCUGGGUCCUGCAGCAGCAACUUCUGCGCCCCCAGGGUGCCUGGGGCUCAAAGGCAGGCGGUGCCCAGUGCACAGCAGACUUACCCAGCGGUCCCCGGUGCGGACUCAGCCCAGCGCCACUGGGCCAUGCUGCCCUCCGGGGAGUCAAGGAGGGCUCGGGGGGCCCCCCAGCCAGCAGUCGUGCGGAGCGCCGCACCUCCUCCUCGGAGGCAGAGGCUGCGAUUGCCGGGGGCCCAGCCUGCCCUAAAGAGGAGGGCAGCUCUGUGGGGAGGAGCCAGGCUGGCCAAUCGCAGGGCAGCCUGCUGACGUCCCACCAGAGGCCCAUUGAAAACGCCGAGGGAAGCUCGUCCGGCACAGAGGAGCCUGGCGCCCAGCACGCUGCCUCUCUGCCCAGCCGCCCGGCCCGGCCCCAGCCUCCUGCCUGCGGCACCAAGGCCAGCGCCAGGGACGAGGACCCCAUGAAAACACUCUUCACCAUCGAGAUCAAGGAUGGCAGGGCCCAGCCCCUCAGCAGCCGCGUCGUGGGCGCACCGGGCAGCCAGCGGGCAGAGCUGACCCUGGGGCUGCGGAGCUCGCCCAUCCGGAUCAGCAGCACCGGCACCGGCAGGGUCAGCACGGCCAGCAAGAUGGAGGCCGAGCUGGCAGAGCAGCCCCAGGUGCUGGUUCCAGAGCCGGAGCUGCCCAAUGGGAUGGAGAACGCCCAGGCGAGGGAGCCGGAGAAGAGGAGCAAGCUGAGCGCUGAGGAGCUGAGCAGGAUCGAGGAGGAGGACGUGCUGGAUAAGAUGCUGGACCAGACGUCGGACUUCGAGGAGCGACGGCUGAUCCGCACUGCCAUGCGGGAGCUGCGCCAGAGGAAGAGAGAGCAGCGGGACAAGGAGCGGGGCCAGCGGCUGCAGGAGAUGAAGAACCAGGCCGCGGCGGGGAAGGCGGCCCAGGCCACCGAGACCACCACCCAGCAGAGCGCCCAGUCGGCUGAUGGUUCAGCCCGCCACACACUCACCAAAACUGAGCGCCUCGUCCAGUCCAACGACGGCACCAGAACCUCCCGUAUGACAACAGUGGAGUCGAGCUACACAAAGCGAUCAGAGAAUGGCAGCACGUUCGUCCAGACCAAAUCCUCCUACAGCUCCUCAUCCAAGAAGGUGGGCAGCAUCUUUGACCGCGAGGACGAGAGCAGCUCGCGCCAGGGCAGUCUGGCUGCUCUGGAGCGGCGCCAGGCUGAGAAGAAGAAGGAGCUGCUGAAGGCUCAGAGCCUGCCCAAGACGUCGGCCACACAGGCGCGGAAGGCCAUGAUCGAGAAGCUGGAGAAGGAGAGCGGGAGCCCCUCGAGCCCGGCCAUGUCGCGGGUCGCCGUGCAGCGCUCCUCGAGCUUCGGUGUCCCCAACGCCAACAGCAUCAAGCAGAUGUUGCUGGACUGGUGCAGAGCGAAGACCCGGGGCUAUGAGCACGUGGACAUCCAGAACUUCUCCUCCAGCUGGAGCGACGGCAUGGCCUUCUGUGCCCUCGUCCACAACUUCUUCCCCGAGGCCUUCGACUACACACAGCUGACGCCCCAGAACCGCCGCCGCAACUUUGAGGUGGCCUUCUCCUCGGCAGAGAAGCACGCAGACUGUCCGCAGUUGCUCGACGUGGAGGACAUGGUCCGGAUGCGCGAGCCGGAUUGGAAGUGUGUGUACACAUACAUUCAGGAGUUCUAUCGCUGCCUGGUCCAGAAGGGGCUGGUAAAAACCAAAAAGUCGUAGCCUAUUUACACCCCCGGGAGCGAUGGAUGCUGGUUGACUGCAUGCCCCUGGUGGAGGUGGAAGACAUGAUGAUCAUGGGGAAGAGGCCGGACUCCAAGUGCGUCUUCACUUACGUGCAGUCCCUCUACAACCACCUGCGGCGCCAUGAGUUACGCUUGCGGCAGAAAGAGUUCUAGAGCCCCCCCGUCCUGCCCCCCCCCCCCGUCCUGGGCACGGCUGCAGAGUAAAUAGACCCACACUGCCCCUGCAGGGACCCAGGUGUGCAGAGGGGUGCUGCCCACCCCCAGCAGACCUGCCCAGCCACCAGGCUGCCCACCCCCAGCAGACCUGCCCAGCCACCAGGCUGCCCCGCAGGGCCUGGGUGAGGCUGAGACUGGUCCUGCAUUGUCUGUGCUCUGCCCCCUGGCCAUGCUGCGAGCUCCCUCAAUCUUCUCCAUGGCAAGCUGAGCCCCCAUGGUCCCUGGCCUGGUCCCCCUGCCAGCUUGGCUCUCACCCCUCUGUCCUGUGCUUUAUAUUGUUUUAAGUUAUUCAUUUUAAAGGAAUUGUUUUUAUGCUGUGCAAUACCCCCGACCCCACUUGGGCUGGGAGAGCCCUGUGUACGUCUCAGGCUGGCUGUUUGGGCCUGUGUGCUGCGUAGUGGCAAUGGGCUGGCAUGGUGCUGUAGACACCUGGCCCAGGGGUUUGUCACUGGAGUUACAUGGGCAGGUGAGUGAGUGUCCCCCACUGCCCUGCUUCCUCCAGGGCUUGAGGCCUGGGUAGCUGGUCUCUGUGUGUGUGUGGGGGGGGGGGGCGGGUUCGCUGCCCUUGGGGGGAGUUGCCCUCCUUGGCACUCCAGAAGGGUGCUGCUCACACUCCUGCUUGCAGCCCUCUCCCUUGGGGACCUCCACACUCAGCACUGUGCCCACAGCUGGGGGCAGUUCCCACAUUGGCACGCUGCUGCCCUACUGCUCACCCCCACCCCUAGGAGGCACCGCCAUUGCUGGGACCCACAUUCCCUUUGCCCUGGGGAGAUGGACUGGAACCCGGUGAGGGGGUGGGCUCCUGGGGCAGGCCUUUCCCAGUGGGGCAGCCCCCCCGGGGCUUGGCACCUCCCACUUGUUUCCUUAGCCCUCCGACCUGGCUCUGGGCCCUUUGCACCAAGUGCCACUAGCCAAUUGUGUAACCAUUUCUACACCCCCAUAGACACUUGUAUCAGCACCAGCCAGACAAUAAAGUUCUGUUAUACAGGG